AUGGCUUUGACUGUGGAUCAGAUACUGGAGCGAAUUGGUAGCCUCGGAUUUUAUCAAAUUCGCCUGAUUGCUAUCCUAAGCUACAUAGAGUGGUUCAAUAUAACAUUUCAAGUCAUGGUACCAACGUUCAUCGCCGCUGAACCUAAUUGGAUGUGUGUGGCCAAUCACCGCUCGUGUAACCUAACUGGGGAGUUUAAACCCGGUGAUGACCUGUACAUGAAACGAUGUGAUAUGCCGAGAGAUUCCUGGAAAUUCGCUGAUGAUUACACGUCAGUAGUUACUGAGGUCAGAAUUCAUUAUAGACAAUAGACAAGUUCCUGAGAUAGUAUGUUGUAGGAGCCGGGUCACAGAAGGCCGACGAACGACCGGGAGAGGAAAUCGGCGGGGUUUUUUGCAGGAAUAACAGGAACCAGAUAAUGAAGAUAAACGAAUGAUUGGACGAGAGAAAAUCAGGAGAGAGAGGGUUCGUGAGAGGCCCCUUUUUUUUACUCUUGCUGACUGCCUAGAACAAGCCAAAAGUUUGCACGUGAAAGGAAAACUUUGGUUUUUCCCUGAUGGUCUUGCGGCACGUAUUUGAGCCUCGUACAACCUUUUUACUUUUUUGUUUGGAGGAUAUGAUUAUAUGGCGACUCUUCGAAAAAACGUAAAACAAUGUUUGUAACAAUUUCUUAUAGUUCGACUUGGUUUGUGACAAAGCUCUGCUUGGAACCAUUUCGACUUCACUCCUAUUUGCCGGCUGGCUUGUGGGCGCGUUAAUUGGAGGAGUUUUAUCAGACAAGAUUGGCAGAAAACCAGUACUGUAUAUAGGAUCAAUGACUUGUAGCAUCUUCGCCUGGUUGGCUGCUUUCCCAAAUGUCUUCUGGCUUUUCAUUUUAUUCAGGCUUCUCGUUGGCAUCUGUCUCGGUGAGUGAAGCUUUUCUUUUAUCUUUUCUUUAAGCUUAAAAGUAUCCCUUUCGUCUUGAGUUCUUGGGGGCGGUUCACACAUCUUUACUAUAGCAUUUCAUUGCUCCGAUUCAGCGCUUCUGAGCUCCGUUGUUAAUGCACUCUCUUUAAUGACCGACAUGCAUUUUGAUGAGGUUCUGUUUCCGACAUCCUCCCCCCUCCUCCGCACUUGACUCUACAGAAUUCGCUGCGUGUCUGUUCGAUGUCAGAUGACGUCUUUAAAUUCUAUUACUCGGAGCAAGAGAGAAGCCAAAUCAACUUUUUCUCACAGAAAAAGUGGGAACCAAAAAAGGUUUAAAAAACGGUUCAAUGUACACUUAACAGGGCACAAAAGAAGAUCAAACUGGAGAAAGCGGGAGAAAUCUGGCCCGUCAUUUAUUAAAUCCAUUCAAAUUCUGUCCUUUAUUGAUUGAUAACAUAAAAUUUAAGGAUGAAAACUCUGUGUUGAAGCUUAUGACAUUAGUGGAAAGAAAUAGAGGGAAACUGAAGAAGUUCUUCGUGUAAGCUUUGCUGAUCUGACGCACCGUCUAUUCCAUCAGGUGGCGGAGCCAUGGGAAUCUACGUGCUGGCCACUGAGUUCGCAGGCGUCCGACAUCGCCACGUGGCUGGUACGUCACUUUGGUAUUCAUGGACCCUGGCUCUAGUCAUGUUAGCAGGGCUCGCUUAUGGCAUUCGUGACUGGAGAUUCCUUUCAAUCACCUGUGCGGUACCUGGACUUAUUUCCUUCAUAGGCUGGUGGUGAGCGUUUUCAAAUGAAAAUCUCUUACCUUUGUUAAUUAGUUUAAGGGCCUCUUCAGUUGAGGAGAGAGCUGUGUAAUCUACCGAGGACACACCCUCCCAACGGGUACGUGCUGCUAAACAGGAUAUGGUUUCCAGGGUCUUGAAUUUUAAAUGCAUUAUCAAUUUUUCCCUUCUUGAACAGGGUAUCUUCGCAGACCUUAAUUCUUCAGAAGAGCAUGGAAAAAAACCAUCCCCAUGUUAACUAACUUCAAGUGUUGGUGGGGGGGGGGUUGCCUGCAGAGAUUAGUGCCAAAAUUUAAACUUUGCUUUCUGUUAAGCCUCUCUGACAGAGUUUCCCAUUGAAUUUUUUCCUGCUUAACUCUUUAAGGUUCACCCCCGAAUCAUCGAGGUACUUGCUGCUCAAGGGGAAAGUUACGGAAACUGAGCAAAUAUUGCGACGAAUUGCUGCCACAAACAAGAAAACCUAUCCAGAGGAGCCUUUAGUGGAUCCGAAUGCUGAUGGCAAGCUACAGGAUCUAGGUGACGUCAGAGAUUUAUUUCGAACAAAAAAGAUGUUGCACAGAACUCUUGUUUCUUGGUAUGCCUGGUGAGUGUCGGUAGACUGGUGAAGUUUAGUUUCUCCGCGAAGACAGGUGCUUGGAUUUAUGUUGAAUAACCUUCCGCAAUUUUCUUUUAAAUUUUCUGUGUAUCGUAUAUGGGCUUAGUCUGUCUUUAGCUACUUCCUUACAAGUUCAAACAUUUUUUAAAAGGUUUUGAGCUCCUUUUUGCCAGGGGAAGAGUAUUUCAGGGCGUAUUUUUAUUUCAGAUGGAAUUUUGUACCUAAAAGACAGUCAAGAAGAUGAUAUAGGAUUUUCAACUGAUGAAAGAUAAUGAGAUUUUUUUUACAAGAAAUUCGAAAGUAAUUUUUUUCACCAGAAUUCCUUUCUUGUCUCUAUUGUUGUCUUUUUGUUCUAUUCCGUAAAGCGAUUCCACGUUGCCGCGCAUUUGUUCCCCCAAAGAUCACAGAUUACGUCAAAAUGUGGUAAGAACAAAAAAGUGCCACAUUUUGGCGACACAUUUUGUCGUUUUUUGUGAUCUCUUACUGUUCAGACCCACGGCAACACGAAAUCUGUUUGUGUUACAUAAUAAAGAAGCUAAAAAUGAUUAAUGGUGACGCUAUCGAUGCGUCUGUUCUCCAAUAGUAAGAACUAAUCAAAAUACGAGUAUAAUUCAGUUCAUCAUACAUAAAUUUUUCAAUAUAAAUUUGAACAAAAUACACUCCUAAGAGUGGAGCAUCCCGCCCGUUACAGAUGCUGUAAAAAUCAUAAAGAUUACCUUGUCAGCAACAAACGCGCACUGAUUUUGCUUACAGGUUUGUAAAUGCUAUGGUGUAUUAUGGUGUAUCGUUCAGCACUCCAACUCUCGGCGGCAACAUGUACCUGAAUUUCUUCCUGCUAUCCAUUAUUGAGAUUCCUGCAAAUUAUGUCGGCAUCUGGGCCAUGGGAAAGUAAGUCUGUAACGCAUACCAUCUUUAAUUUAAUUUGAUUUCGUGAAACUUGGAAAACUGGAGCCAUGGAUCCGACUUGCACCAUCCUCAUAACUUCCACCGGACUAUACUCUUGGUGCAAAAAAGUUGGCCUCUUUCCUUUGCGUUGAAAGUUCAGUCCGGACGAGACAUUACUGAUUUUACAUAGGGAAGGGUUGUUAAACAGGAUCCUGUUUUGAGAUUCGAUCUCAUCGCUCCCCUUUUCUUGUCGGAACCGACCUUUAAAUUUCAGGUUCAUGGACCGUAAAGAUUACAAUUUCUAUUUUGAUAGUCUAAGAAGCAAGUCGUUGUCGUUUGAAAAAAUCAUCUCGUUCUUUCCUCACGUGAAAUAUUUUCUUUUUUGCUUACUUUGUUCAUUUCAGGUUUGGUCGUAAAAAAUCGCUGAUUUACUGUCUGAUCCUUGCUGCCAUUGCGUCGACUGGUGCUGUUUUGUUUACUAUGUUCGAUCCAGGAAAUGACAAAUGUAAGUUUCGAAGGUAGAGAUGGACGAGAAACAGAGUAAAAAGACACCGAGAGUGGUGAAGAGUAGAUGGAUGACCACUUAGCAGUAAAACAAAAGAUCAAUAUCGUAUCUCAAUUUCACACCCGCCAAAAUGAAAAACUAACACUGUUAUUACUGUGUUCUUCUACUUUUGCAUGUGAAUUCACCGACCUAAUUUUCCGUGAAAGAAACUCAGGCGAUUGAGGAAAAGGAAUCGAAGGAAUAUCCUAGAAGAGUUGCCAUCAGUUUCAAUUCUGUCGCUAGCAUGAAAAUUACCAAGGAGAUGUGUGUUCUUGAUUUCAGAAAGCGCCAUUAAAAUAAAAAAGAGACGAUUGGAAAAGUAUAGGGGAAAACAAACUCCAACUGCGUAAAUCUACAUUUUUUUUAAGCUUUCCAUGUAUUUUUGUUCCUUUGUUUUUCAAUAAUUUUCUUUCACUCUUCGUGUAUGUCUUUUUUCCCCUUUCCCUCCCUUUACUUCUUUAAUGGCCCGUCUUUGUCAAUUGAAGGUCUUUUGUGUUUUCAGGUUAUGCUGUUGGUAAGAUCAUCAUGGCUCUUGCUGCUAAGUUCUUUGUAUUCAUCUCGUUUGAUGCAGUCUAUGUUUACUCCGCUGAACUGUUUCCAACGGCCAUCAGGUUAGAGUCCUAUCUAUCUUUACUUUCCGGUACAUUUAACUUCCACAGUUAAUAACUUUUGAUGACCCAGCAUUAUGAAACACGGAUUUAUGCAAUCCACCUCAAUGCGCAUGUCGUUGAGAUCCUUGCGUUGCUCGAUAAAGACACUGCUCCUAGGGGAGGGUUCAGGAAUUUUUCGAAGGAGGGGGGGGGCGCCCCACAAAAGAAUGACGCAACUGAUGGGUGACGUCAACAAAUUUUAAAAGCGAACAACGAAGAAGAAGGCUCAUGAUUAGGGACUGCUGACAAUGCAAAGAAAGCAGUACAACUGUUUUUUUAAUAACUGUGAAGUCGUAUCUAAUUACGUAGGCCAUCUUGGGGGUGGGGGGGGAAGGUGCACGCCCCUUGCACCCCUCCCCUAGAUCCGCCCUCCUGAUUAAACAAGGUCGGACCGUUGCAACUGUACAUCUAGCAAAACAGGAGUGCCUGGUAAAACUUUUCUUUUCACGACGUUUUUGUUUGCAGAAAUAUUGGAAUGGGUACCUCUACAUCCGCUGCCAGGAUUGGUUCAUUCUGUUCACCAUAUAUUGUUCAUCUUGUAAGUAUCAUGCGCAAGUCAACGACAUGCAAAUCCAUACAAAGGGCCUGUUGUUUUAUUGGAAGUUAGCACUAAUCUUUAAAACUACAGGAAUUGACGUUAUUUGUGGGUUUUAUCCUAAAGUAAGGCAAAAGUGAAAAAAAAAACAAAACAAAACAAAACAAAAAACAAAUAUAAACUACCGAGUUGUCUGGCAAGCCAUAAACAUUGAGUAUUUAAGGGAGAGAUGUUUUUCGUCUUGUCACGAGCGUGAGACAAAGAGAAAAUUGUGAGUCCCCAUGAGGAAAUGAACCUCAGACCUGCGCUCCGAUGCUCUACUACUGAGCCACAGAGACUCUACGGUGAGCGAAGUCUAUUACGAGGUUCAUAUGACACGCGUCUUGCAUACUGCUAGGAUCAGCAUGUCCUCAUGGGGACUCGGAAUUUUUUCUUUGUCCCACGUUCGUGACAAGACGAAAGACAUCUUUCUCUAUUUCAUUUCCGGGCUCAAAACUUACCAUCUCCCUAAUUCUAUUGAGCGUUUAAGUUACUCUCAUCUUCGCGCCAACCGCCGCAUCCUUUCGGCAAAUAAAGGGUUUCUAAACGAAAUGGCCACAUUGAUGUUUGGAUACCUUCUGUCUGCUGACUCUCACGACCUAAGACUUUUCCGCAUCAUUUUUUUUCUCACAGACGCGCGUACAUCCUCUCCUCCCCUACGGCAUCAUGGGAAUCAAAGCCUUGUUAGCCAGUCUAUUGUGUAUGACUCUACCAGAGACGAAAGGAACACCCACUCCUGAGACGAUGGACUCCCAGGAGGGAGUGGAACUAGGGAUUCAAAAUAUGGCCAUGGACGACAUACAGCUAAACGAUGAAAAGGAACAAGUGAAAGAUCGUGAGAAAAUGAAUAAUGGGAAAGAGAAUAAUGAAGAUAAAAAGAGAGAAAAAGAGAAUUGUGGCAACGAGAUGAACAGCAGUGCAAACAUCGGAGACGAUUCUUUUCAUGACACUGCUUUUUGAGAUAUGAUCUUUCGUCUUUGUCAGCUUAACAUUCUCAGAGUGUGAUGCGAGGAUUUUGUAUUUGAGCUGUCUAUUUUUAGGGUUUACCACAUAUACAUCGCUUUUUAGAUUUAGCUGUAUCAUUAGUAUAGGUAAUCACAUGAUUUCGGAUGCAAUUUGGGAUAAAUCAGCCCCAGCAAAUUUUUCAAAGGCUAACAAAAUUGCACGAGCCCGUGGGGUGAGUGCAAUCUGUAUUCUUUAAAAAAUUUACGGAUGGUCUGUUGUUACAAAGGAUUACAAAGUUUGAUGGUCUGUUACAAAGUGCGACGAGUGUCGCGCUUGGGAAAUGUGUUUACUUUGCGGUUAAAAUCUGUCUUCGGGAACAUUUUUAUACGUGGGUGAGGCUGGCAGAUUUUGGAAAAAUUGCGUUAAACAAAAGAAAUCGCAGUGGUAUAUGUCAACGCUUGUCAGUGAAACCUUGCCGAUUUGAUGUUUCUUGUGCAAACUAUGGAAAAUCUCUUCAACAGGACACAUGAUCGCGAUAUCUUUCUUCCCAGCAGUAAACAUGCAAUUCUCAACAAGUCAAAACACUGAUAGUUACCUCACUAAUGCGACUGUUCUCCUUCGACUAAAAAGGUUUUUUUUCUUGUUGCGGUUACGCAUUUCAAUUGUCUUUUUUCUCAAAAAAUUGAAAACUUUCCCUUAGUGCGACCCCUGCCUUCUUACAAAAUGUGAAAUUUCAUAACAAAGCGCGAUAAUUUUGCUACAAAGAUCGUGACAGGUAUUACAUGAAGCGAAGCCCAUAACAAAGUGCGACAGAACCACUAAUCAAAAAGUGGUUAGUUGGACCCUUCAGUUACGAACAUCCUGUCUUUCUUUCUAUCGAGCAUGCCUGUGUCACUGACAAUGACCUCUGGGGUACUCCCUGUGAUAUACCGCGGGGGGUGUUGACCAAUAUUUUCAAUGUUAAUUCUGUUGCUUUAGGGUAGCUGGGAAAACCUUUCGUUCUCCUGACCGAUCCCAGUUCCAUCAGCUAAAAGUUCCCAAAGGUAAUAAUCGGUCACACUGGUACAUUUAAGUUUCCCGUGAGUGGACUGUCAUCAAGUCACGUUUCCCAGGGACAAAAGUCUGUAGUGCGACCACAACAAAAAAAGAAACGGUUACGGCCGCCUUUAAUACCUCCCACCGCUGUCUGGCCUCAAUGUUAGGGUUUCGCCUUACGGCUUCCUUUCCAGGCACAGCCGCUGAUUACACCAUUGGUAGCCGCUUGUGGAAAAACUUAUUGAAACUCCUGGUACUGCGGACCACCUUUACGAGAAAUUUGAGGGGAAAAGCGCCCUAGGAGCGAGGUCGAGGGUGUGCAUGGCAGUAACCCCAUCCCUCGCCCUCCGCCCGUCACUUAUUAUUACAUUUGUAAAUUAUCAACUGAGGAAUGCAUUGUUCUCGUUAUUUGACCUCAUUUCAUCUUCAAACAUUCAUUAUUGCUCGGAAUUUUACGCAUCCUUGUGGCUUACAGGCGAGUUCUUAAAAUAUUUGAGACGAUUACAAGCAACGUGCCCAAAGGUAGGGUCAUUUGCAAAUAUUACGGUGAACAUUAGUUGAAUUCACAGUUCCUCUGGAAUAUUGUACAUUGCACGAAGAGGCAGCCUUGUUACAUGAUCGACACACAUUCGUUGUGUACCUGUUUGCACUGGUAUCCAACAUUUAAAGCGAAACUAAGUACCGGCUAUCGACGUGCAAAGCUGUAUUAAGCAAAGUAUUUGUCUCUUCUGUGUGGUACACUUUUCGAUUAUACUCUUCCCAAAAACUUUAGAGGCAAUCAUAGCAGCGGAGAUGAACUUCUCCAGCGCCUAAGCCAGACGACGAAAGAUAGGCCGCCCCAAGUGUCGCCCCUGGGAUUUCUUGGUUCCGAUUUGCACGAUUUAAAAUGGCAAAAUUAAACGGUGAAUUGACUCCUGAGGGUAAAUGAAGGCCAAAAAUUUGGCAGGUGUUCUUGAGUACUUGAUCUGUGCAACUGUAUGAAAGUAAACAGUUUUUGAAUGAACACUUACUAGUUUAUUAGGAUGAAACCUAGCACUUGAGUAUUAACUCCUAGGCAUUUAUAAUACGCGAAUAUUAUAUAUACGCGAAAUUUUCCUCGCAAACCUGUACGCUCUGGUCUUUUCGUGAAUAUAUAUAUGAGAUUAUUCGAAUGUUGUGAAGACUUAAUUGCAUUUGACCUGCAGUUCUCAAUUUGCUUGCUUAGUCAAUUUCUAUGAUCGGGAAAAAAUACUGGUCUGGUUUUCAAACUGUUAUUAAAUAAGCAAUUGGCGAUGAAUUUGGCCGUGGGAAAGAACAACAGACUGUGUAGGAAACUGUAGAAGGUGAGUCAGAAUUGGUGAAAUCCUCAUUUAUUAAACUACUUUCGUGUUCAGGGCCUUUGGCACCCAAUUUUCGCUUUGUUUCAUGUAACCUGCACAGUCAGUAGUUUUGUGAGCGCUAGGAAAAGUUGAGCGACAGAGCCACGCGUAAUAGCAGCAAAAUUCUCUUGUUUCUGUCACGUUUAGAUUCAUCGAGUACCCAAAAAUUCGUCAGCCAUGCAAGCUAGAAUCACAUUGUUACGUAUCACUUGAACGCAGCUGGCAACUGGUGAUCAUAUUCAUAUAAUUGCGAACUAGUGCAAAGCACAAGAAUUACGAAGCGCGAGGGUAAAUAAGGCGCGCGUGUGUCCCCUUCAAGGAGGAGACACGCCUCGCACGUUUACAUGCUUACACGUGUUCUGCCAUGCGCAUCACCGUUAUUCACGUGUUUCUUUGGCGGGGCGUUUUUUUUUUAAUAGAAUGUAUAUUUUGUCUGAAAAUUAAAAGGUUAAAGACUUUUUUUUGAGCCCGAUUCUUGUUUUCUUACCUUUCUUUUUCUCCUUCUUCGUAUUUUAGUCCCACCUCGAAAACUUGGUGCGAUCGCCUUGAAACUGAAAAUGGCUUUGAGUGUGGAUGAAGUGUUGGAGAAAAUUGGCAGCAUGGGUUUGUACCAGAUCCGUCUCAUAAUCAUCUUGAGUUACAUUGAAAUGAUUAAUUUAACAUACCAGGUGAUGUUACCCAGCUUCAUCUCGGCUGAACCGAAAUGGAUGUGCGCCGGUAAUAACAGCCAUUGUAACAUUAGUGGUCAAUUUGACGCUACGGAUGAACGGCGAUGUAAAAUGCCUAGAGAAUCCUGGAAGUUUGCUGACGAUUUCACAUCUGUAGUCACAACGGUAAUUUAACUCACUCAAAUUAAAUUAAAUUACAAAAGAAAACCUGUGACUGGAUGAAAAUUAGAGGUGUAAAUAGUGACCUCUUUGGAGGAGGAUGUGACGGAGAGGGUGAAGUAACAAAGGAAUUCAGAAUUUUCAAAAGAGGGUUUUAAUAUCAUAAAUUCUACCACAAGAAGAUUUUGAUACUAGGACUAUUCUGCGCAAUAUGAUGUAAAAUAUUUUUCAGGUUUUAACUCUCUUUAAGUUCAUAAUUUGAUUCUUUCGUAUUUGCACUGGUUAUUUGUGCUGCUUGCACAUUUGUCGGGUUUGCAUACAAGCGCUGUUAAAUCUCUUUUGUUUUUGUGUAUCUGUUUUCGAGCAUACCAUUUAUACCUCCGCUAUGUUAUGCAUUUCAGUUUGACUUAGUUUGUGAUAAUGCCAUUCUGUCGAGCCUUUCCACAUCUCUCGUGUUCGCUGGCUGGUUGGUUGGUGCUCUUGGUGGAGGUGUUCUUUCUGAUAAAAUCGGCCGUAAACCCGUUUUGCUGAUCUUCACGUUCACAACAAGUUUGUUUGGCCUUCUUGCCUCCUUUCCACAUCAUUUCUGGCUGUUUAUCCUGUUCAGACUCUGUACAGGUUUAAGUAUAGGUAAAGAGUUCAUAACAUUUACGGACUUUUCUCUGAUUAUACGUUUAUUAUUGCUAUAGUUUUAACCGUAUAAUCUUAUCAGUAAGCGUGCUGGACCCUCGAUUGAAACGUACAGGUUCAAGUCUUGAGAGAUGGACCACAUCAAAAACUGAUAUUGAAAGAGACUUACAGUUGUUUUUAAAAAUAAUUUAAAAGAACCCAGAGAGAUAAAAUGUCUAGGAAGAGCUACAUUAAAAACAAUAUUUCAACUAUUCGAACAAAAUACGUAGGUUGAAAAUUGCUGGUCCUACAGGCUGAGACAGUUAGAGAACGGCCAGCAGACUGACCGCGUCGCGUACAUGAAUGAUUGUUAAAUUUUAUAUAAUUACUAACGUCGAUAUCUGGCUUCUGAAUAUUGCACUAAUUCACGGUAAAGCAGCGCCUUAUUUUCUUGUAUUAACAAUAUUUUUUUAUUCUUGUAUCAAUUUUUUAGGGGGUGGAUCCAUGGGAAUGUACGUGUUGGCAACAGAAUUUGUCGGCAAGAGGCACCGGCAUGUCGCUGGCACGUCACUGUUUUACUCGUGGGCUCUGGGUCUUGUUACGUUGGCAGGAUUAGCGUAUGCGGUGCGUGACUGGAGGAUGCUGUCAAUCAUGUGUUCUGCACCCGGCCUGAUUUCUAUUUUGGCGUGGAGGUGAGCAAUUAUAAGAUUUUCCAAGCAGGGGAGGGGAUGCACAGGAGUGGCAUCAAACUCGACCUGUGAGGUAACGCAUAAUGCAGCAAAAUAUGUGUGAAUUUGAUGAGUUCUGGAACUCGUCAAAUUCGCAAUUAUUGUUUCUCAUGGUGCCCUCGUGGCUUCAGCUCAUUUUUCUGUCUUUAAACGAGACACUGUCACAGAGUCUCUACAACUCUUUCCAUUCAGACGUUUAAGAGGUAACAGCAAAGGGUAGGGAAAAUUUAGGAUCCAAUACGUCCAUGAGGAGAAACACUAAACUCCCGGUCAUCUAAGACUGAGAAGACUAAAAACUCUCCCACAGUUUCCAAGUUACAAGUCAGUAUGACUUUUACUACACAGUCGGAUACGAAGAAAAUUUCUAUUGUCCUUAAUCUUGUGUCAAGGUUUGUUCCGGAAUCGUCGAGGUAUCUACUACUCAAGGGUAAGCUUUCUGAGACGGAAGAAAUCCUUCGGGAAAUCGCAGCGACAAACAAGAAGAAAUACCCAGAGGAACCCCUAUACAACCCGUGUGCUGAUGGGAAAGUUCAACAGAUAGGUGACAUCAGAGAUUUAUUUCGAACCAAGAAAAUGGUUCACAGAACUCUGGUGUCUUGGUAUGCCUGGUAAGUAAGUAGCAAAGGUGCUUACGGCGUGUUUCAAAGAGUUUCGCAAGACUGAAUUUAAAUCAAAGGAAAGCGCGGGAAAACGCGAGAGAUCAAUAGUUUUUGUAUGGAUCUGAUUGGUUGAGAAAGUGAGUUUUUUGAGCCAAUCAUGGAGCGUCCUAAUUCAAAGCCAGCUUACAGACUUAAAAACUACUGUUUAUCUUUGCUGUUGUCGAGAAUAAUUAGCAGAUGUGAGAGCUUUAAAAAUACUUUGGUAAACCCAGGACUAGUGUCCACAACAAAUUCUUAGUGAUACAAUGUUUUGCGCUCAUCUGUUGGCUUUCCUUUGCAGGUUUGUAAACGGCAUAGUUUAUUAUGGUGUAUCGUUCAGCACUCCGACUCUUGGUGGCAACAUGUACCUGAAUUUCUUCCUGACCUCCGUUAUAGAGUUUCCCGCCAAUUUCGUGGCCAUCUGGAUCAUGGGAAGGUGAGUGGUGACAGAAGCGCUCAGUACCUAAUGCAGGGUGGGAAUUGUCCUGUGAUAUCAAACUUUUUUUUUUUUAUCAGAAUGUCAAUAUUUCAUUCUUCCCUGUGUUUUUAUGUGCAUCAGGUUCGGCCGCAAAAAGCCUUUGGUUUAUUUCCUGAUCCUUGCUGCGCUCGCCUCAACUGGUGCAGUGUUAUGUACAAUGUAUGAUCCGGGGAACGAUAAAGGUAUGAUUCAUACUGGAUGAGGUCGUACCAUCAUAUUUGCUGGGUUAACUCCUCAUCUUCUUUCUUGUACUGUCCUUUUCAUUCCAUUUCUUUUUUCGAAUGUUCGACCAGAUUGACAGAACAGAAAAAAACGAGCGAGAAGUUCUAAUGACACGGCGAAGGAACUGUAAAGGAUCGUAAAAAAACUUUCAGUCGAUUUUAGUCUGCGAUCACUUACCCUGAGAGCAAAGCAUGCGCAUUAGUACCCUUUUGAUGAGUGCGACUUUGGUGAAUCAGCGAUUUUUCCGCCGUUUAAUUCGAAUGGAAAAACAAGUUGUUAAAAUUCGUCACCUGUCCCUCAUAAGGAUUCCAACCAGGCCUGGUUCGAUGUCGCGAUUGGGUGCUCUUUAAAUGAGCUAUUCAGAACUCUUCGGUCAGUUAAACUUCAUACUUAGUUCUUAUCUGACAUGCGUCCUGCAUACUACUGGGAUUAACAGCAUCGAAUCGGUUUUACAAGGAGAGAGGUCUUUUUUCGGUAUGCUGUUUUUUUCCCUCCAGCAAAACUAUGCCUGCAACGAGCUAAACAAGUAUCGAUGCAAGUAAAAAAGCCAUGUAGCACGUGCAUGAAACUGAUUUGUUUUUACCCUUGCUCUGUUUUCAGGGUUCAUGGCUGGUCGUAUUCUUAUGGCGAUGUCAGCAAAGUUCUUUGUGUUCAUCUCAUUUGAUGCCGUCUAUGUUUACGCUGCGGAACUCUUCCCAACAGUCAUCAGGUAGAAUUUUUCAAUCAGAAUGAUGUAAAAUUUCGCGUUUUUAGUUUACUAAUGAUUUCUACAGCAUUUGUCAGACAGGGCCUUUAGUAACUGUCUGUUACAGAAAAAUUGGGCAUUUUUGUUUUCCUAACUAACUACAAUGCAUCAGGUAUUAUUUUUCACUCAACAGCGUAAACUUUUGGCGUUUUUUAAUUUAUCAGUGACUUCGAGAGCUUUUGUCAAAGACAGUGCCUUAGUAACUUACUGUUAUAAAAACAUUUCGGGCACUUUUGUUUUCCUAACCAAUUACAAUGCCUUGCUUGGUGAUCGUUUUGAGAAUGCUUUACGCUCCACACCAAUUUUCUUGGCGAUGAUUUUGUGCAGCAAACAGAAUACCCAUUUUGAUUAUAACUUUUUGGUUCAUCAUUCUUCACAGAAACAUAGGAAUGGGCACAUCAACAGCCUCUGGUCGGGUUGGCUCGUUUUUAUCUUCUUAUGUAAUUCAUCUGGUGAGGAUUUUUUUCUUUUCUUUUUUCCUUACAUAAAAUAGACCAGAUAAUUACACUUCCUUGUUUUGCUUUGCCAUUAGCGCGCUUUAAUUAAAAUUAGAUGGGACAAUACCAAAAUAAUUACAACAAUAAAUCAGAACAAAGAUAAACUUGCCAAGAACUGAUGAUAACCCAAAGUAAAAGGACGUAACAGCUUCAAGCGCGGGAAAACGCACGUGACCGUUACGUCAUUGGGUUUGUUUUUGUAUCUGAUUGGUUGAGAAAAAGCGCGUUAUCUGAAUCAAUUACAGUGUAGAGAAAAUAAUCGCAAUAUACUCUGGGUUUCCUUAUAACUUUCAUUUAAAAUUAAACUUAAAUUGAUAAACUGAUAUUUUACUUUCUCAUAGCGAUUUACUCACCCACUCCUCCCGUACGGCAUCAUGGGAGGCAAUGCAUUGUUGGCGGGAAUCCUUUGUCAGACUCUACCAGAGACAAAAGACUUGCCAACUGCUGAAACUAUGGAAACCGAAAGCACAGAAGAAGCAUAUAUGGCAUUGAAAUCAGCCGUAGAUUACAAAGAGAAGGAAGACGCCGAUGGCAAGCAACUCACCAUGGCCGACACUGUGAAAGACACCACAAACAGCAGAGCAAACCUCGUGGAUUACGCUACAUCUUUGUGA